AUGGCAGCAAAGUAUUGUUCUCGAUCUCAUCCUUGCAUGGUGGGAGUUGCUAGUACUGAUUCACACAUUUGGAGGAGGAUGAUGGCAGUCCGAGAGGCGGCUGAGCAGAAUAUUGUUUGGUUGGUGCAAUCUGGUGAUAGUAACUUCUGGUUUGAUAAUUGGUUGGGCUCUGGGCCGUUAUGUCAAAGACUAGAGAAUGUAUCUGAUCAUCAAGUGAAGGAUUUUAUGUCUCAAGGCAGAUGGAAUAAAAAAUUGUUGUUGCAAUGGGUUCCGUCUCGAAUAAUUGAUGAAAUUUUGAAGAAGGAGCCGCCUUUGUUGCCUCAGUGUGACCACAUGAUCUGGAAGUUGAAUCAAUUAGGUGCUUUCUCUCUUGCUUCAGCUUUUCAAGUGAUCAAGUACGCUUCUGAGUCCUCAUUUAUGUUCUCCAAAGUAUGGAUCUCUGUAUUGCCUCUCAAGAUUUCUUUUUUCAUGGUGCGUCUUUUGAGGAAUCGGCUUCUGGUUGUGUCAUCUCUAGUUAAGUUUCAUGUCCAGGGUCCAUCAAAAUGUUUUUGUUAUUUGGACUCUCAAUCUAAAACCCUGGACCAUGUUUUUUCGGAAGGCGAAUUUGCACAACAACUUUGGAGCUUCUUUGGUUCUGCGGUUGGAGUUUCAUAUUUGGGAGUGGGAGUUAGAUCUAGACUAGCUGCGUGGUGGUUUCAUUGUCGGGAAAAUGGGUUUGUUCAUGCAGUUUUGCCAAUUUUAUUCUGUUGGCAGAUUUGGAAGGCAAGGAAUAGGAAGGUCUUUGAGGAGAGGGAGCCUCAACUUCGAAGCGUUUGUGAUUGGAUUUUCCGGGAACUAAGAGAUAUGUUUAAUCUAAAGUUUCCUAAUAGGCUGGCUGAGAUUAGUUCCUGGCCAAAUUACUAUAUUGCUGUGAAAUUUGGUGGCGGUGGGAUUCUUCAUGAUGGUAAUGGGGUCAUGGUGUUUGCUUUUACGGUCCCUUUUAGGGAGAUGUCAAGUGUACAAGCUAAAGCAAAGUUAUUGCUUUUUGGUGUCCAGCAGUGCAUACAGUGUGGGUUUGUUAGGCUUCACGUGGAGGUUGAUUCACUCUUGGUGGUUCAGAUAUUACAAAACAAAGCUGCAUGUCCUUGGAAGAUAUGGGCGGAGAUGGAGAAGAUUAAGGGAUGCAUGAGGUUUGUGGCAAGGGUUACUCAUUGGUAUGGCGGGGGGGAAUCAAGUGGCUGA